AUGGCUGGUGGAUUUGUAGUCUCAAGUGAAGGAGUUCCAUACAAUGGAAGAAUUACGCCGUUUGUCGUGUUAUCGUGCAUGGUGGCCGCCACAGGCGGUGUUAUAUUCGGUUACGAUAUCGGAAUUUCAGGUGGAGUAACCUCCAUGGCGCCGUUCUUGAAGAAGUUUUUCCCCGAAGUGUAUGCAAGAAUGAGAGAGGACACUAGGAUUAGCAACUACUGCAAAUUCGACAGCCAACUCUUGACGCUAUUCACGUCGUCGCUGUAUUUGGCAGGUUUAGUUUCUUCGUUUUUCGCGUCUUUCGUAAAUCGAGCUUAUGGCCGAAAGCCAACGAUCAUAGUCGGAGGAGCUGCAUUUCUUGCCGGGGCCGCACUUAACGGUGCAGCUGUCAGUAUAUAUAUGCUGAUUUUCGGCAGGGUUCUUCUCGGAGUUGGUGUUGGUUUUGCAAACCAGGCAGUGCCCUUAUACCUUUCAGAAAUGGCACCCCCCAAAUACAGGGGAGCCUUCAACAACGCCUUCCAGCUCAGCGUCGGCAUAGGCGCCCUAUCCGCAAACCUAAUCAACUACGGCUCGGAAAAAAUAAAACCCGGCUGGGGCUGGCGGCUCUCGCUGGCCCUAGCCGCAGUCCCUGCCUCUGCCCUAACGUUAGGCGCGAUUUUCCUUCCCGAGACCCCAAACAGCCUAAUCCAGCGCGGCCACAAGCCCGAGAAAGCCAAACGGACCCUACAAAGAGCCCGUGGCACUCACGACUUCCAGCCCGAGCUCGACGACCUCAUCCAGGCCAGCCGGAGCUCGAAAGACUCGGCAAAUGCCUACUCGAAAAUCUUGCGAAGGAAUUACCGGCCCCAGCUCGUGAUGUCGGUGGCCAUCCCGUUUUUCCAGCAGGUGACGGGGAUCAACGUGAUCGCGUUCUACGCGCCGAUUCUCUUCCGGACGAUCGGUUUUGGCGAGAGCGCGUCUCUGCUGUCGAGCGUGAUGACGGGGGUCGUGGGCAUUUUCACGACUCUUUUGUCGAUGGCGGCCGUGGAUAGGUUCGGGAGGCGUUUCCUGCUGAUGAGCGGUGGGCUGACGAUGCUCGGUUCGCAGGUUGCGGUUGGGGUGUUGAUGGGAGCUGAGUUGGGGGAUAAGGGUCGGUUGAGAGGAGGCUUGGCUUACACGGUGUUGGUGCUGAUCGGGAUCUAUGUGGCGGGGUUUGGGGUGUCGUGGGGCCCGUUGGGGUGGUUGAUCCCGAGCGAGAUUUUCCCGCUGGAGAUUCGGGCAGUGGGGCAGAGCGUGUCGGUUGGGGUGAACUUCUUGUUCACGUUCUUGGUCGGGCAGAUGUUUUUGUGGAUGCUGUGCCGGAUGAAGGCCGGGAUCUUCCUGUUUUUCGGGGGGUGGGUGGCGGUUAUGACGUGUUUCGUGUAUCUGUUGCUGCCGGAGACGAAGAACGUGCCGAUCGAGCAGAUGGAGAGGGUGUGGAGAGAGCACUGGUUCUGGAGUAGAAUUGUAGCUAUUAAUAGUAGUAAUGACGUGUAG